UCUCAAACGGAUACACUAACAUAUCAUUACGCCACUUUCUCUCGGUUAAGGUUUGCUUGAAUUGACACACCUCCAUUUCUCGGACUCUUUGCUCUUUCACUAUCAUGACCCUAAGAAGUCUUACUCUUUCAACCUACGUCUAAAGCUCUAACUCUGAUCACGUUUAUGAAAUCAUAUAUCGUUCUCAAACGGAUACACUAACAAUAUUAGGCCACUUAUACUCUCCUAUACGAAACCUCAAACCUUCCCCAAUCAACCGGCCAUAGGGGUCGUCUGGAUGAGGAAUUCUAACGGAUUGAUUCGAUCCAAUUAUUUCGUUUUGGAGACAAUUUGGCCAAAUUGAUCUAUUUGGCCGCAUAAAAUUUAGAUGAAUCAAUUCUGUCAGGGAAUUAAACAAAGAGGACGACCGACGACCAUUAUGGUACUAUCCAUCCAUCGGUCAAUUCUGUACUGUUUCAACGCUCAAAGCCAAGGCUCACAAUUCACCGACAAGGCUUAAGAUCGAGUUCAUUUCCCCCACAUAUAUAUAUGUCUGUCUCUUUAGCACCUAAUCUUCUCGUUCACCACUUGCUGGUUGUAAAGCUAGAAUAUAAGUAUUAUAUAACUAAGAAUCACAUAUUUAUUUAUGAAAAAUGUAGAACUUUCGAUAAAUUCCAUCUCGUUCGUUACAAGUUGGGAGACCAGGCCUAGUUAAUAAAGCCAACUAGAAUUUGCAUUGCUUAUUUAUCUAUGAAAUGGAGGGAUCCACUUAGGAACGACAAUGGGUAGCUCGAGACGGAUAUCUCGAUACUCGCGUCCCAUUACAAAUUGAGUUCAGAUCAAGUAAUUUAUCAUGGGAGGCAGAUCAGGACAGAUCGAUCCAUAUGUGUAUAUAAUUUUAAUAGAAAAAAUUAUAAAUAUUAAUUUUUAUUAUUAAAAUAAAUAAUUAUAGUUAAUUUAUUCAAAAAGAAUUGAGAUUCUUACCUAUUUACAUCUUUAUUAUAGUUAGAAUAUGAGAUAAUAAACCUCAUGGAGGUUCCAAGUUAGAUUCUCUCCAGUAGCAUCUAACUAUAAAAAUCAGCCUAUAAAAUAUGAUCGAUGUAAUAAAAAUACAUGAAAUAGAUCAGAUUGAUAAAAAAAUAUCUAUGCCCCGCCUCGCCCAAAACAGGUCAAGCAUAUCAGAUCGAAAUCAACAUCCCUAGAUCCACUGUUUUACAAUCGAUUUUGUGAUUCAUCAACUUGUGUCACCUUUAAAACUUCUAGGUGUGUAAAAAAGGAGACAAAAAUGAGAGACUUUUGAAGAAGCUAACCUGAAAAUCCUCUUUUAUUGGCAACAAAACCCAUCCCUACAAAUUAUUAAUCGAUCCCCUUGAAAAUUUAUUGUUUGUUAGAGUAGAAAAUUUAUAUCCCAACCUACCAAAAUUUAAUGAUCCCAUGCACUACUCAUCAUCACACACCGUGGUGAGUGAAUGCUAUAAAUACAUGCAUGCAUAAGAAAAUAUAGAAUCACACCAAAGAAGAAGGAAAAAAAAGGAAACAAAGAAAAACUCUCCGGCCAGCUAACAAAUGGCAGUCGGAGAAGCAAACGGCGGGGAGCAGCUGAACAAGAAGAGCAACGGCGCCGCCGCCGAUCCUAAUCUGUCACCGCCGGACGUUUCUGUCGUGAGUCAUGAACAAACUAGGAAAUGGAACCUGUGGGACAAAACGGCGGUGGUUAGCAUCGUGGCGGCACAUCUGCUGGCCUUGUACGCGCCGUUUUGCUUCAGCUGGGGUGCGUUUUGGGUCGCGUUUUGUCUCUACACGAUCACGGGGCUGUUUGGGAUCAACCUUUCUUACCACCGGCAUUUGUCCCAUAAGAGCUUCAGGAUCCCCAAGUGGCUCGAGUACUUGUUUGCUUACUGCGGCGCACAUGCCCUUCAGGGGGAUCCAUUGUAUUGGGUGAGCACACACAGGUUUCAUCACCAAUACACUGACACAGAACGAGAUCCACACAGCCCAAUUCAGGGGUUUUGGUACAGUCACAUCAGCUGGAUCUUCGAUUCUGCCGCCAUUAAAGAGAAGUGUGGAGAGCCGAACAACGUGGGAGACCUAGAAAACCAGACUUUCUACAGGUGGUUGUACAAUACGUACAUGUUCCAUCCUAUAGGUCUUGGGUUUCUCCUCUACUGGCUUGGUGGAUUUCCUUAUAUUGUGUGGGGAAUGGGCGUGAGGCUGAUUGGGGUUUAUCACGCUACAUGGCUAAUUAACUCGGCUGCUCAUACAUGGGGAGCCCGACCUUGGAACACGGGUGACUUGUCUAGAAAUAACUGGUGGGUUGCACUACUUGGAUUUGGAGAAGGGUGGCACAACAAUCACCACGCCUUCAAGUACUCGGCGAGGCACGGCCUGGAAUGGUGGCAGAUCGACAUGACUUGGUACGCAGUGAGGCUCCUGGAAGCUGUGGGAUUGGCCGUUGACGUGAAGCGGCCAAGCCAGCUCCAGAUGCAGAAGCUGGCCACCAUAAAAACUUAGAGUUCAAUUCAUACAUAUGUAAUGUAACCCUUAUGUGCAUGCAUGGGCACUGUGUCUUUAAGUUUACAGGGUCCUUUUCUUUCUAAGUACUGUUUCUUUCAUGAAUUGCUACUGUCUUCUCCACUUGCUUUGGUUAUAUAUAUAUAUAUGAAUGAAUGUAAAAGUUUGGG